CGUGUUUGUCAUAACUAUUGCCAAAACAUUUGAGUUACGAAAACAACAUAUGAUUUGAAAGUGCAGUCAAAGUGUGUCUUAAACUGUGAUUUACCACCGAUUGCGGCCAAGACAUCACCACCGGAACCAUGUUUUGCUGCCCAAUGAUAUCGUGCGAUACAAUGCUAACACUGUGUCCGGUGAUAAUGGCUCUGUUCUGGCCGUUCGUGGCCUCCAUCUACGGAUCAGAAGCCGUGUUAAGACAAUCGCUGAUCAUAUGUCUGUAUUUCGUGGCCUGCGAUCUGUUCCGACAGUUUACGCGAAGAAUAUUUCACAACGACUUCCAUGUGUUGGAGUCCUUCGCGAAUAUCGUUAUACUGAUAGCGCUGUUCAGUCAGACCUACGCUAAGAUGCCAUCGAUUGUCAUCCAAUGCAUCGGUUUUAUGAUCACUAACUGCGAGCCACUCAUAGUCUACAUCGAAAUGAGACAAUUGGUGCGUUUGGUGAUGGCUUGCGGUCAGUGGGCGGCCGAUACCAUACUAAGCACUACCGGUGCCGGUGAUGACGAUCGGAAGGCUUUUGUGGCCAAAGUAUGCGUUUUGACGGCCACUACAGUCGCCUAUGCGUUGGCUUUUUUCGUCGUGAGGUCGGCGCUCAUCAACGCUCAGACGCUACUGUUUACUUAUGCCGCGAUUCUGUUGAUUGCCUUUCAAGUCAUACAAAUCAUGGCUACUAUUCAUGUGGAGGAAGGUAUAAUCUCAGACCCGGCGCUGGUAUUCCUGAUGUCGAGUCUCGCACUAUAUUUAUCCGUUUUCGACGACAAUAACAAAGAUAACUUCAACACAAUGUAA